UCAGGGAGUAGACCGGGGGAUGGCAUCACUACCGACAUAACCAACAUCGAAACCAGCUCCGAUUGCUUUCCCUGCUCAUUCCAAAACAGAAACCGUCUUGCACUUCCCCUACGUCCUUUCGCUAUAGGAAGAGAGAUAGAGAGAGACGCGUUAGUUUGACAAGUAAAUUAGUUGACAGGAGGAGUUGGCAAUUUAUCACGACUCUGAGCGCAGGCGGAGCAGUAAGCGUGAUUAGUCUGUGAGCAUACCCUGGGCUGACCUUAUCAGUACGGUGCAUAGAGAAUGAGCAGUGGAGAGGCGGAGACGGCCGAGGAGAAGGAACGCAGUUGGCAGAGUAUGCUGACUUGGCGUCGACCAGCGAGUGGACAACGACUCGACACCGACUACAUCGAGCUGGCCUCGGAACAACGCGACGACCAUUCCGCAGUGAAAGCUGAUGGGGUGGGCGAAGAUGUCGCACCCAACGAGAAGGUACGAUGGAUCGUGCAGGAGAGCGAGUUGGGACAAGCUGGAGCAGAUGGAGACCAGGACCUGCUGACUGAAAUGCAAGAGUUGCGCCGCAAUCCUCAUGGCCAGCCCGAAUGGAAGGAGACAGGACGAUGGGUGAAGUACGAGGAAAGCAUCGAGUGGGGUGGUGACAAAUGGAGCAAGCCUCACGUCGCCAGCCUGUCUCUGCACUCGCUGUUCGAAGUCAGGAGCUGUCUGCUCAGCUCUGCUGUGGAGUUGGACCUGGAUGCCACUGGACUGGAGGAAGUGGCAGACAAAGUGGUUGGGUCACUGGUGCAGAAAGGUGACCUGACAGCUGAACGUGCUGAUGAGGUCAAGCAGAUAUUCUUGUCCAAGCACAGCCAUCAGUACCAGAUUGCCCACCCAGAGGGCAAACAGACUGUUGGGCGUCCAGCAUGCCUGCGACCCAACCUGAGUCCGGUACAUGGCGGGGAAGGUGUCCGGCAAAGAGGCGAAAAGGCCGAGAUGUCUCAUGACCCACGCUUCCUGCGCAAGCUGUCAAAAAAGACGGAGGUUGCCAAUGUUCUGAUCGGCGAUGCUGACUUUCUUGAGCGGCCGAUCAUGGUCUUUGCAAGACUUCGCACGGCGCAGAUCUUCGAAGGUGUCACCGAGGUGCCACUGCCCACGCGCUUUGUCAUCUUCUUCCUCGGCACGACAGGCGAGGAAGAGCGUUACCAUGAAUUGGGACGAGCUAUCUCCACAGUCAUGGCUGAUCCAGUCUUCAAGAAGAUUGCCUACUUCAGUCGCUCUCGCGAUGACUUGCUUGCUGGCCUGGAUGAGUUCCUGGACCAGGUGGUAGUACUGCCACCCGGUGAAUGGGACCCGACCAUCAGGAUCCCACCGCCGGCCAGUCCCAGAAAACCCGGUGAGCGACUGACCACCAACGCUCAGGCCCCCAUGCCGUCCAAGGAGAAGAAAUCGGCCGGCGGACAUGGCGAUACCAGCGGUGGCCCGGAAGAGGAAUCACUCCAUCAUGCCGGAUUGAAACGCUCAGGAAGAUGGUUUGGUGGUCUGGUUGACGACAUCAAGCGCCGUAAACCUCACUUCUGCCCAAGCGACUUCAAGGAUGCACUCAACAUCCAGUCACUAGCCUCGAUCAUCUUCAUCUACUUUGCCUGCAUUGCGCCAGCCAUCACGUUUGGUGGCCUGAUGGGUGACAAGACUGGAUCAUACAUGAGCACGAUGGAAAUGAUCUUGGCAUCGGCCCUUUGUGGUUGUGUCUACUCAUUGACUGCCGGUCAACCUCUGACAAUCCUGGGCGCCACUGGACCUAUGCUGGUGUUUGAGGAGAUUGUCUACUCGUUCAGCGUGGAGAAUGACAUUGAGUACAUGUCGUUCCGCGUCUGGAUCGGCCUCUGGACAGCUUUGUACUGCAUCAUACUGGUGGCAACGGAUGCCAGUGCUCUGGUGGGCCUGUUUACUCGCUUCACCGAGGAAACAUUCUCAAUUCUUAUCUCCUUCAUCUUCAUCUAUGAAGCCAUCAUGAAGAUCCACAAGCUUGGGGAAAAAUACCCACCGCUCGAAGGCUUCAAAACUAACUACACCUUGGAGUAUAACUGCAGCUGCAUGACUGGCAAUGAAACGCUGGGUCUCAUGCCCUCGGAGCUGACCUACAGUACAUGCAGCGAGGACUUCAAUGGCACGGCCGUCGGCAAGGGAUGCCCACCGCUUGACAAGAGCGGCGACGUCUUCUUCCUGUCGUUCAUCGAGUUCCUCGGCACCUUCCUGAUCGCCAUCAUCCUGAAGAUGUUCAGGACCAUGCCUUUCUUGCCAACCAAGGCACGUGCCAUCAUUGCUGACUUCGCCGUGAUCAUUGCUAUCAUCUGCAUGGUCGGCAUGGAUGUUGCCUACGGUGUCAACACACCCAAGCUGCUCGUGCCGGAGAAGUUCCAGCCGACUCGCCAUGAAGACCGCGGCUGGUUCAUCAACCCCGUACCAAAGGGCCUGGUCGCCUGGGUGCCGAUUGCCGCUGCCCUGCCUGCUCUCCUUGCCGUAAUCUUGGUGUUCAUGGAUCAGCAGAUCACCGCUCUCAUUGUCAACCGCCGCGAGAACAAACUGAAGAAGGGACCAGGAUAUCAUCUUGAUCUGCUGAUUGUUGGUCUCCUUGUUGCAGUGUGUUCACUGCUGGGUCUUCCAUGGGUAGUGGCGGCCACCGUGCGCUCCAUGACACACGUCAACAGCUUGAACAUCCUGGACGAGAAGACCGCACCAGGCGAGAAGCCAAAGUUCUUGGGAGUACGAGAACAACGUGUCACCAACUUCAUGGUGUUCUUGCUUCAUGGACUCUCAGUCUUGAUGACACCGAUCCUCAAGCUUGUCCCGUUGCCGAUUCUCUACGGUCUCUUCCUGUUCAUGGGAGUGUCGUCACUGAAGGGUGUCCAGUUCUGGGAGCGUGUACAGCUUCUCUUCAUCCCUCCCAAGCACAUGCCCGACUCAUACUACGUCCGGCACGUUCCCAACCAUCGCAUGCAUCUCUUCACCAUUUGCCAGCUGGUGUCCUUCGCCAUCCUGUGCGUCGUGAAGCAGACCGCGGCCAAGCUCGUCUUCCCGAUUGCUGUGCUGGCACUUGUUGUCGUGCGCUACUUCCUCAAGUACGUCUUCACACCGCAGGAGCUGAGGAUUCUGGACGAUGAAAUGCCCGAGCUGACCAAGCGCAAGAAGGAGGAUGGAGAGGAUGUUGAGGCUGCUCCGUAUGACGAGAAGAACUACUUGAGACCCACGGCCGUUGGAGACCAGGCCGUUGCUGAGCGAUUCCGCCCACUCAACAUCACCACAGCGAUUGACGGCAGCUACCCGAUGCAGUACGCAAAACGCCGCAUGUCCGGCUGCUCCACUGGUGGUCUCCUUCCACAUGUUGAGAACAGCGUCUAAGCGUGCCGCUGCACACUGCGGGUGACCGCUUCUUUACCCUCUUCAUUUACUCUGUACUACUGAUCGAUACGAUAUCUGAGCGUACGAGCUAUUUGUAAUCUUACAGCAGACAAUACUCUUACGAACUCUUCUGUCCGAAGUCCCGUCUCGUCUAAACCGUGUCUGUUAUUUUCUGUAAGUGGAGGCCUCUCCUUUUUCCACACACACCAUCAUUUUGAACCCAGCACAUUCACCAAACAAAGUAACGAUUAUCAAUGGAGCAGUAUCCUCUUAUGAGGCAAUGCAUGCAAGGGUGUUGACCGUAACAUGCUGUCAGCAUAUUGGGCUUUCUGUGCUUCUGUCUUGAACAUAAUAUCCGAUCCAGACCACUUCUUGUUCUGUCAAGCUCCCAUGUGUGUAGUCUCUCUCCAGCUCUCCUGUCUGCUCGUCCCAUGUUUCAGUUAUCUGGUUUUGAUAUGCACCGUUCUCGCAGUUUAUAUUCUCCGGUAUUUUGACGAUGGUAGAAUUGACAUGCUGUGAGUUCAUGUAUUACAAAACCAGUCUAUUUCAAUGUACUCUAGCCUAGACUUUAAAGCUCAACAUGAUCAGGAUCAUGCUUCAUAAUAAUAUAAUGUAUGCUGUACAGUGCCUCAACACAAGACCUGUUUGACUACUUGCAGUCAGACUCAACCUCACUGCACUCAUUCAUUAGCACUCGGAUACCCAAUAACCCGUGGUGCUGGUUUGCCUUGCUGUUUGUAUAAACAUUGUAGACCAGAGUGAUGGCCCCGCACCGUGGUCAUUUGCCUUUUGUAGCAGAUCUCCGGUGGAGCCUGCCCUCUGCUCGGCUCUUCCAAUCUCACAAUCAUCUCCUUUUCUCACCUGAUCACUUGUUUCUUGCUGACUCCCUCGUUUUCUCUCUCUCUCUCUCUCUCUCUCUCUCUCUCUCUCUCUCUCUCUCUCUCUCUCUCUCUCUCUCUCUCUCUCUCUCUCUCUCUUUCUUUCUUUCUUCCGAAGUUCUUCUUCUUCUUCUUUCUGGCUGCCUGUAGUCUGUCUGUCUACCUCCGUUUCUCUGUCUCCCGGUCCGUCUUGUCUCUCCUUUUAUCUGUCUGUUUCUCUCUCUCUCUCGUCGCUGUUUCUCUCCAACUUUCUAUUUCCAUCCUUCUCCUAUCCAUCUUCGUCUUCUCUUCCCAGUUAUGCCCUUUUCAUGGUAUGUUCUCAUACCUGUUCUUCAUUCUCUCUCUUGUCAUCUCUAUGACUACUCUUCGCCCCUCUAAUCUGUCAAAGUUUCCUUUUUCUUCCAUGCCUUCCUUCUCUGCUUCUCCUCUUUCAACUCACAGUUUGGCAUGGAUCACCGCUCUUUACUUAUCAGUCUCGUUCAUGCAUGCCAAUAUUAGUACCCAUAAUAAUUAUUUAAUGCAGAAAUGCAAGGUUUCAGGAUAUGAAAAUUA